AUCGACAACCGGAGCGCGGAGCGGAAAUUCAGAAUGCGUUUUUGCUGUUAUCUGACGCGGGCGUCCGCGUGUCCUUCUUCGAGCAGCGCAUUGCCAUCGAGGGGGCGGUCCGCUCGCUCCUCGCCCUUGCAGCGCUUGUGUCAGCGGGACUGGUGUGUCUGUAUCUCCGGGUGUUUUACUUGCAAGUUGUGCACCGCGCGGAGCCCUCCUACCUUUCCCAAUCCGGCUCUACAACUUCUCCGGCGCAACAUCAUCCAAACGCUAUUGCGCGGGGCAGCAACGCCGAGCAUGCGGGAGGCCGGAUGGAUCGCUUGGCGAGGUUUUUCAACCUGGCGGAAACGGCGGGUGCUGGCGAGUCCCUCUUUGCGCCCUUGUACACGUUCUGUGCCGCGUACUUCGCCGUCUCGCGGCGGAUUUUGAAGUUUGUUCUGUACUCCCUCCCGCGGUGUACUUUGGAUUUCCUUCUGCUCGGCGCACCCUGGAAAAAUCGAACGGAAGGGGGUGCGGGCAGGACGAGCUUUUGGGAAACAAUCCUCACCACUCUCGACGAGGAAUUCUUUCCCGACAAAAUGCCGCAGGCCGCACCGACAGACACGCUGCUCGGGCAAUUGCUGCGGGAGAACUUGCGGCAUUUGGAGUUUCGGUUUCCGGUGUUUCUGUAUUUGUCGGAGCAGGAAACCCCGCGAGUCGGGCUCAAGUUGACGCAGAAGCGGAAGCAGGACGAACUCCGGUUUUUCGUCACCGACGUGGGUAGCCGGAGAUGGCCCCGGGUGGGCAGCACGCUCUUGGUGAACAACAGUAGCACGUCGGACGCGCAGCAACAAGCUGCCGACGGCAGCGCGGCGGGGCGACAAAGCGGCGGGGAGACCAGUCAGUCCGAAGCCGAAAGCGGGUCGGACACGGGUAGUGACGGCGGCGGCGGCCGGCGUGCGCUGCCUGGCUCCGAAAUGCGCGCGCGGGCGCGCCGCAGUAAGCUCCUCCAGUCCACCAGUUCCCCCCUGGAUCACCCGUCCGCGGACAGCCCCACCAGUUCCCUGGGGGACCACAGCGUGGACUCCUUUCCGCAUGUAUUCUCGCCCCAGAGCGGCCAGCAGCAAUCUUCGUUGUCCUCGGGAACAAGCGGGGGGCUUCGACAACCGGGGGUCGCAGGAGCACGCGCGCCCACGCAGAAAGCCAUCAGUGCCUACCACCGCGGGCUGGAUGCCUCGGGGGAAACAAACGGCGACUGGCUGUCCAAGUAUGUCUGGCCUGGGGACGAGAUCGUGGAGGUCAACGGGCGGCUGUGCGACCGUAAAGAGAUCCUGGAGGAGGCCUUCCGGGUGACGAAGGCGAAAAAGCUGGUUGUGCUGCACCUGCGACGGAGUUUAGCCGCUCACCCCGCGUUUGCGCCCUUCUUUUUCACGGUGCGCGCGACCCGGCGGGGCCCUUCCUGGGGCUUGUCGCUCACGGCGAACACGGGCGACCACAGCGAAACGCUGCGGCUCGUGCGCAUCGACUUUUCCGCCCAAUUCGGACCAGCCACGGAUGCCGCGGCGUCGGCCGGCGGGAAAGCCGCAGCCGCCGGUAGUUUGGCGAGCAGUGGGGGAGGAUUCGCGAACAGCGAUAUUGACGAGCAGGAACUGGAUUACACUUCGGAGGAGGGAGAAUUGCCGGACCCUUCGUCCUCCCCGUCGACAACCGAACCUGCGGCGGCUCACGAACAACAACACCAACGCCGAAAUUUCCAAAAGCCGCAGACCAGUCUGCGUGCGCGAAACCGGUCGCGGACCGGCGGGGCCGACCGAUUGGAAAAACCGUUUGGCGUGUGCCGCCCAGGCGACCGGUUGGUUUUGCUGGACAGUCGCGUGUUCGGCGCGCAGAACAUGCUGCGGCACUUGGAGAAUCGGCCGCUCGACGCGGAGGUGUCCUUCACAUUUUGUCGCGGCUUGCCACUAAUCGCCGAAGCGGAUCAGAGGAGAAUUCGCCUGGAAGUAAACCCCGACGUGAACAGCGGCUACUACCUGGGCGGCGCGACGCCCCCUGGGGGUACUACUACUAGCCAAGCGCUGACGCCGGAUUCCCCCCUGGCGCCCUCACCGAUUGAAGCGAAUUUAGCGGGCCUAUCGCAGCAGCCGUCCGGCGACCCGCCGCAUCAGAUUGUGCGAAAGAACACGACGACCUUUCUGAACAAACCGCAGCAGGUUUUUCUCGGCCUGAAGCUUGGGCGCUGUUGGGGCUGCAGCGACAUCGGGGACGGGGUGUACGUAGAGCCGCGGUUUUUCCGCGACCACGAACUCGUGCAGCAGAUUCCCGGAAGUAAUGCGACCACCACAGAGGACCGUCCGCCUGGAGGUAGCACUGCCGGAGCGCCGUCCCCUGGUGCCGAAGACGACGGCAGCGAGCAGUCGCAGCUGCGAGGAAAGCUGGUGUCCCUGCUCGCAAAAAUGGGAAACCGUAUUGUUACGUUUCACCAGCAGUUGCUGUUCGGCAAAGAUUACCUCCCCGCCGUCGAGGUUCCAGUGGAGCAGCGCAACGUGGUCACGCAAGUGUUGCGCCACGGCUACCUGAGCCAGAUCUAUCCCGGCAUCAUCACGCCAAAUAUGGUGUUGGUAUCCGUGAACGGGGAGGCCAACCCUGAAUUGUUCCCUUCUCUACUGAAACAGUGCCGCAGCCUCGAGUUUCGCGUGCCCUGGCAGCAGCACAAGCCCAGCAGCGGCCAAAGUGCAGCAGCGGGUAGUCAACAGCAGCAGCCCGGAGAAACAAGAAAGCAGAAGAAAAACAAAACCCGACGACGUUCUUCCCAAUUCGGCCUAAUCGACCAACAGAACGCCGAAGCAGCCGCGCAACUUGCGGCGGCGGAGACAAAGGUCGCGAGCCGAAAGUUUUCUUCGGCGUUCAUGAAAGCGCGGGCGCAGAUGUUCGAAAAGGCUUCGACCGUGCCGAACAUUGAAAAAAUCAAGCGUUCGGUAGGUGCUCUGGAGGAGAAGGAGGAUGCGGUCGCGAAGGCUGCCGGCCAGCCACAGUUGCAUCUGCAUGCAGGACCAUCGUCAUCAUCAUCUAGUAGCGCCAAAGUAGUCACAUCAACACCGAGGGGUACUACAACCGCUGGGAGACCGUACGAAGACGCGGCGCCCGGGGCGGGGAGAAAUUUGAACAACAGCAGCUCGUCUUCGGGGAUCAAGGGACAACUCCCAGCGUCCAGUCGCGCAGACAGGCGAUCCUGGAAGGAGGACGCCAGGAAAGGGUCCGGCGCCGAGGACUCGUCGGCGGAUUUUUUGUCGGCCGACCUUUCGGAGGAUUCAGAUUCCAAAUCGUACUCGCACGAUACUGAGCUCGCGAGGCAACGGCUCGUGUCGUCCCAACGAGCGAAGGCAUCGAGGUCAUUCCCUCGGCCGGAGGGUGAACAACAGGUGACUCCGUCGGUCGUCUCGGUUUUAGCUCUUACGAAGGACGAGAGACCAGCAGGCGGUGGAGCGAGCAUUGCCGCUGCUGGCGUGCCUGUCCGUGCGCAAAGGAAUUUACUAUCGUCAUCUGAGGCCGCUGUUGCUACCAGCAACGUCGACGCAACACCAUUGACACUCCAGACCGAAGUCGCGAGGCAAUGGAAGCGUCGAUAUAAAUCUCUAGCUGUGGAGCACCGCACUUGCCGUCGUUUGCUUGCCGAGAUGACGAAGCGUGUGGCGGAGCUGGAAUAUGAGGCCGACCUGCGCAAAGCGGACACUGUGCCCCCUUCUCUGGGGGCUGAGAAGCGAGAGGAAAAGAGUAGAAGUAGCAACUCGCCGGCGGCCAUGCCGGUCCCUGCGGCGGACGGCUCGGAUCCGCUGCUACCGGUAGACCGACUUUUGCAGGCGCGCGUGGAGUCCUUGCAGCAGCUGAUCGUAAUGUGUCAGUCGUUUUCAGCUUUUCCCGCUAAGGAAGAUUAAUUGCACAGAC